AGCGGUCGCACGCUCCUCAAGUUUGCUCCGUGAACGUUCAGUGUUUACGCCAGUGUUUUCGAGUUUAGUGCUCGUUUAUUGUUGUUUUGCACGUGAAUUAAGCGUUAUCAAUUGAGCAUUUUGUCUUCGUCGUGUCAUCUUUCUACGUAGUGCUGUUGGGAUUUCGGCGUUGUCCGAGAUUUCUUCGCUGCAGAACACCAUGGCAAACUCCGUGAGAAAAAACACCGUGAUUUUCACCUUCGACAAGUACACCCGUCGAGUACAGCCCUCUGCACUUGAAAUACACGACUGGAUUACCGAGGUAACAAAGGUAUCCUGGAGUGCUAGCCGAUGUUGACAUGCCGAACAGAAGAGACCUCUUAAGAUCUGCAGCACCAUACCACGCCAUCUGCAGGGUUAUCGGGCAGACGCCGUUCACAGUGGGCACUGAGAAGUGAGGGCUACGGCGGACACGUGCUGGUACACUGUACGCGGCUGUUGUUCUCGUCAUGAGGCUAGUAAUAAUAGCGGUUGUGGAAAACCGGUUGCAAGCUGUGAACGAGAGAAAAAAGGAUUCCAUCACCUUUGUGUGGUUGGUUGUCUAUAUCACUACAUGCUCAGCUACCACCGUGAUGACUGUCGUCGCAGAUCUUUUUCUGAACACCCGCAAGUACCAGAGGAUCCCCACUCUGCUGUCUUAUCAGGACAGCGGCGUCUUGGAAUCUCAUCGUUCCUCCAGUGGGGCAGUAAAGAUCUCCUGCGUUCCAGUUUACGUCAUGUCUCUUGCUCUGAUCAUAUCUGUUGUUAAACUGGGUCGUCCGAGCAACGGCACUGUCUGGGCAUUUUUCCCGUAUUCUUCACAAAUAGUAUUCUACCAACAGCUGUUUUCAGACCUCACGCCAGCCUGCGUGAGCUUAAACGCGUGCCUUUCGGCUUCCUGUCAUUGUGGAUUGGCUGUCUUGCCAGUCCACAACAAGGACGACUUACUUCAACUCAACCAGUGUCUGGGAGCUUCGGAGCAAAUAAGGUGCCAGCGCCGACCACUUGCAGACCGUUACCGGAAACUGAGGAGAGUCCACUCCGCACUGUGCCACCUGUCCCAGGAGGUUCUUUCGGCACAUGAGACAUUCUUGGUUUCAUUCAUCGUGACAGCACUGUGCACUAUUUCUUGGAACGUUGUUGCGAUAAUCUUAUCACUGUGGCAUAGACGGCCAGAUGUGGUACAUAUUUUGGUUCUGUCGUGGCAGUCGUCGCAGAUGUUAAAGGUGAUAGCGGCCUCGUACGCGCUGUCCAGGGAUGCGACGCAGACAGCUCCUGUCCUGUGCCGACUACUCCUGGGUUCGACUCCCCGCAGCUCAGAAACAGUAGAGCUGCGCCACUUGUGCCGCCAGGCCCGCAGCCAGAGUCCCACUCACCAACUUUACGGUGUCGUUCCUAUCGACAUGAGGAUGUUGGUGGCCUCCUUGUCUUUCGUUACAACAUAUUCCGUGGUUUUGUUAAAUUUUUGGCAAGCUCUCUGAAAAAGA